ACGCUGCUGCACCCCGAGGGAGGAGAGGGUGGAGAUGGGGAGGAGGGCGAAGGCAGGACUAGGAGGGCGGAUAUUGGGUCAGACAGUGGACCCAAGGUCAGCCAGUACUACCAUGCCCUCAUGAUGUUCACCAAGGUGGACAGGAGCCGGAGCCUUCAGGAGAAGUUCUGGGUGGCCAUGUUAUCCAUGGCCAAAUACGGUCUCUUCCUGGACGAAGAGGUGCUGGUCCUUCAUUUUGUGAGCGACGAGGCCAGCCGAGAGCUGGGCGAGAGGAUGCUCCCGGAGCUGCUCCUCGGCACAACGUUUCAGUAUGAGGUGGUGGUCCAUGACAUGGGGGUCCUGAGCCAGAAGCUCUUCCCCAUCGUGGAAGCCAUGCAGAAGCACUUCAGCACACAAUCUGGAACAUAUUUUCACCCAGCAUUGUUCUUUAUGGUGGUAAUAUCGUAUCAUGAGGUCCCUGGCGAUCUGCAGUGCAUUGUACUGCUGGAUGUAGAUCUGAAGUACAGGAGCAACAUCAGGGAGCUGUUUCUGGAGUUUGAUCGCUUCCCUUCUGGAGUUGUGAUCGGCAUCGCCCGAGAAAUGCAGCCGGUAUACAGACACACCUUCUGGCAGUAUCGUAAAGAGAACCCUCAGUCCCGUGUGGGUGAGCCUCCUGCGGAAGGCUUGCCGGGCUUCAACAGUGGCGUGAUGCUGCUGGCUGGUGUCAUAUGGACCUCGGCCCGCUACAACUAGCUCCUGGAGCCCAGAAACGUGUCCCUGCUGGCUGACCAGUACCACUUCAGGGGUCACCUGGGCGACCAGGACUUCUUCACCAUGAUCAGCAUGGAACACCCAGGGUUGUUCCAUUCACUGGCUUGCGGCUGGAACCGCCAACUGUGCACCUGGUGGAGGGAGCACGGAUACGGGGACGUGUUCCAGCUCUACUACCACUGUGACGGGCCGGUGUAUAUCUACCAUGGAAACUGUAAUACGCCCAUACCCGAUGACUGA